UGAGACGGUCUCAAAAAAAGCCGGCAACAUUCAAAAACUUUUUAGCCUCAGCUUGAACCAAGUCCCCAGCCUACCAGCCUACCUAGCCUACCUAGGGUCCUAAUACAUACAUGCAUGCAUGCAUACACAACAUUAAAGAAGUGUUAGUUUGCCGUAAACCACUAGUUCUGCACUUCGCCGGUGCGUCACGCCGGGCAUUUUUAUCUACCUCUUAUAUUUUUCUCUUUCAAGCUGAGAGAAUAUCUAGGAAUAUUAGAAGAUCAUAACUUUCAACUAGUUACUUUUUCUUUUUCUUAGAACUCAACUCAAUAUUUCAAACACUUACACUUACACUUACACUCAUACCCAUACUCACCUUCGCACUCACUCACAUUUACCAACUCUAACUCUAACAAAAACAAUUUAAAAAAAAAACAAUGUCCUCCGCCCCGGUCCUCAACUUCAUAACCGGCAACGCCAACAAGCUCUCCGAGGUGCGCGCGAUCCUCGAGCCCGCCGGCAUCGUCGUCCGCAACCAGCCGCUCGACCUGCCCGAGGUCCAGGGCACGCUCGAGGACGUCACCCGCGAGAAGUGCCGCGCCGCCGCCGCCGCCGUCCGCGGCCCCGUCCUCGUCGAGGACACCUGCCUGUGCUUCGACGCCCUCCACGGCCUGCCGGGCCCGUACAUAAAAUGGUUCAUGCAAUCCAUCGGCCACUCCGGCCUCAACAACCUCCUCGCCGCCUACGACGACAAGUCCGCCGACGCCGUCGCCACCUUCGGCUUCUCCCAGGGCCCCGGCCACGAGGUCUUCCUGUUCCAGGGCCGCACCAAGGGCAAGAUCGUGCCGCCCCGAGGUCCCACCACUUUCGGUUGGGAUCCGAUCUUCGAAUAUGACGGCCAGACCUACGCCGAGAUGGACAAGGCCGCCAAGAACAAGAUCUCGCACCGCUUCAAGGCCCUCGAGAAGCUGCGCGCCUGGAUCGAGGCCGGCGGCAUGAAGGCUUAACUAAAUUAAGCCUUAACUAAACAAAUUUACACGAGUAACCUGAACCUAGACGACGGUUACUUACGAUUUGACUUAAAGGGGGGGAGGUCCAAUACAUGGGAUAUCAUAGCAUGGCAUGGCAUGGCAUACUUACCACAUAGACAUACACGCACAUACAUACCCUCACGCGCCACAACCCAGUUACGGAAAGAGGGUAAUAGAUGGAAGGUAGAUAGACAGAUAAACAAUGAAGGCUUUU